CCGGAGCCGGUGGGGAAACGGGCCGCCGAGUCGGCAGGCUGGAAUCCGGGCCCGGGAGCUGUCAAUCAUCCGGCCAUCUGGGGACCCGGGACCUGUCAAUCAUCCGGCCAUCUGGGGACCCGGGACCUGUCAAUCAUCCGGCCAUCUGGGGACCCGGGACCUGUCAAUCAUCCGGCCAUCUGGGGACCCGGGACCUGUCAAUCAACGCGCACCGGCGGCCCGACUGAGGCUACAGGAAGAUCCGCAGCGGGUGGGGGUCGUGCCGGAGCUACAGGUGCCGACAGCAUGAGCCAACGUACCGGGAGCAUGGCCGACAUCCUGGCCAAUGAGCAGUUUCUUCAGAGCGAAUUGAUGAAGAGAAGUCCCCAGCAGCUGAGGAAGGUGUGGGAAGAUCUCGAACCAGACGAUGCAUUACUGGUCACACAUGUUAAUCAGACCAGCCAGCUGAUGAAGGCAGCCAGAGGACCAGCGGUCCCCAGUGACACACAGACCUCUGCUGAGUGGUUGGCCAAUCAUGGCCUGGAGAUCCAGAAGCUGACUGUCCGAGACCUUCUGACGCAGGGCAGCAUCGUCACCAACAAGGAUGAGAGCGAGGUGAAACAUCUGCAAGUCAGCCUCGAACUGGUGGCCGGAUUUGAAUCCAGGGUCCGAGAAAUGGUUGACACCUAUCAGAAACGGAUCCAGUGGCUCAAGGAAGGGAGCAGAAAGGUGUUCGGCCUGGUGAGAGGCAAGCGCCUGGGCGUGCUGGUGGACUGCUCUGAUGCCAACUGCGGCCUUGGCCGACAGGGACAGCUGCAGGAAGCUCUGCUGACUCUGCUGGAUGAGCAGAUGAGGGACACCAAACAGAUCUACCUCCUGGCCUUCGGCAGUGACCUCUACCCCCUGUGGGAGAAUGCUCGUGACCUCAACGUCCGCACGAUGGACGAAGCCCGUCAGUGGGUUCAAGGUCUCCAACCCUGUGGGAGUUGCAAUCUGCUGAAGGCUCUGAACAUGGUGCUGAAAGUGAGGCAGCUGGAUGCUCUACUGAUUGUCCUGGGGACCUGCCCUGACCAGCCAGCAGAGAUUUUGUGGGAUCACCUGCAGCAGUGCCUGCUUGGGAGGCGUCUUCCCAUCCAGACAGUGGCGUUCGACUGCAGCCAUCACAUGACCCAGGCAUUGCUGAGAUCACUGGCGGAGACGACGGGAGGGCGCCUCCACUCCUACACCCUGGCAAGUCAGGCGUGCUGGGGCACUGACCUCGAAGACUUGGCUCGGGAGCUGGAGAGAGCAGGUGAGGCGCUGGAGGCAGUGGCCGAGCUGAAGGAGGGUCUGCUCGGGCAGGCAGCGGGUGCCAUCCUUGCUGAGGUGUCGACAGAAGUUGCAGGAAUGCCACUGGCCUGGUUCCUCCCCCGGCCACCCAACCACGAGGGUCCGCUCUCCAUCGAGACCCCUGGCCUCCUGCCUCGAACCUCGGCUGAGUGGCUGAAGCACAGCGGACUGAAAGCCAGGAAGCUGGGCCUGUACCAAGUCUUGGCUCCAAACGCCUUCUCCCAGCGUGAGGCAUUCGUCCCCAUCCUGCGCAAGACCGUCUCCUCCACCCUGUACCAGAAGGCCAUGGUGCAGCUGGAGUGGUGUGACGGGACAGUGAAGAAUAUACACGUGGACCCGCCCCAACUCUACGAGUAUCAGAAACGCCUGUCCCGAGCCAUGAACCGGUUUGAACUCAGGAUCAAGUGGCUGUCCAAUCGCAGCAGGAGAAUGUGGGGCAACCUGUGUGAGAAAAGGGUGAUGGUGGUGUUGGACACCUCAAUCUACAAUGGCAGGUAUAUCGUCCACCUUCAACACGCUGUGCGCCUGCUGCUCCAGCAACAGCUCGCCAACCGCGACGCCUUCAACCUGUUAGCGUUCGGGUCGGAGGUGAGGCGAUUCCAGCCGGGCCUGGUUCCCGUUAGUCCUGAUAACUUGCAAGCUGCCUGGAGGUGGUGCCUGGCCCUGCGGUGCGAGGGAAGCCGGAACCUGCUGGCUGGGCUGAAGGCCGCGGUGGAGACGGAUCCAGCUGACCUCCAGGUUCCCUGCGGCAUCUACCUCCUCACCACCGGCGUUCCUGAUCAGCCCCUGGUCACCGUCUCCUCCUACAUCACUGAGGUCUGUGCUGGUCGUGACCUCCAUCUCCAUACCUGUUUGUUCAGCGUUGACCCCCAGCCCGAGGGCACAAUAAUGCCCCGCUAUGCCUCCCCACGCGACACGGCGGAUGCCCUCAGGGAACUGGCGAGGAAUGGCCGUGGGAGGUUCCACUGGUUCCAGGAGACGGGUAUCAUUGAGAGUGACGAUAUUCAGCUUAUAUCGGCUGAAAUGGAAAAAGCAGCUAACUAUUCUGAAAAGUGUGCCCUCUUGCUGCAGUCGCUACGCCAACGCGCAGGGAAGCCCUUUCCUGAGGAUAUGGUGGUCCCAGCCGAGGAUCUGCAGGAGGCGUUGAGGAAGGGCGAUCACCAUCCUCCGAAGCUGCCCGCUCCGAAGCCCACAGCCCUGUCUCUGGCCAGGAUGCGAGCACGGGAGGACGGAGGAGAGGAGAGCCGGCCGGCACUGACCUGGCGUCCGAGCAGCGGGAAGGCUGCCAGCACUCGAGCUCACCCUGGCUCAAAACAACCGCACCCUUUCCUGGAGAACCGAAAGGUUUCGAGGUCAGCAUUUUCCACCGACCAGGGGAGUAAAGUAGGUGCUGUGUACCAGAGCCGCCCCCGGACAAGAAGCGCACGGACAGUCCUACCCUGUGUCACCCUGCCCAGCAAAGAGGAGAUUUGCUCGACUGUCGUGUGGCUGCGGCGGCUGGGCCUGAGGAAGCUGGGAUUGGACCUGCACAGGCUGCUCUCGGGGCCAGACUGCAGCCACCGGAAGAAGCUGGUGCGGAGCUUGAACAAGAGGGUCUCGGCCAGGUACUGCGCUGGCUUCCCCACGGUGCAGAUCAACGGAGAGUACAGGCACCUGUACCUACAGGCGCAAGAGCUGGACUGUUACAUCGAGCAGCUGGAGGAGGUCCUCCGCCGGUACCUUGGCCGACUGCAGUGGCUGCUGUCAGGGAGCCGCCGUUUGUUCGGAACGGUCCUGGAGAAGAGAGUCUGCAUCUUGCUGGACACCUCGGGCUCCACUGAGCCCUACCUGGCGGCCCUGAAGAAGGAACUGAGUUCCCUCAUCUGGGAGCAGCUGAGGAGAAAUAGCCACAGUUUCAACCUGCUGACGUUCGCGGAGCGCGUGGACAGUUGGAGGGAGGAGCUGGUGGAGGCCAGUGACGACGCCUGCCACGACGCUGUACAGUGGGUCUCGAGCGCCGUCGCCCAUGGGAACACCUGCACUCUGGAGGCAUUACAGAGGGCCUUCCAGCACGUGGAUGUGCAGGGGGUUUACCUGCUGACGGACGGCAAGCCCAACACCAGCUGCCAGUUGGUUCUGGAGGAAACGCAGAAGAUGAACCGCGGCCGGGGAGCGAAAGUCCACACCAUCUCGUUCAACUGCACCGACAGCUUUGCGAAUGAGUUCCUCAAAAAUCUGGCAGCCCAGACCAGAGGGCGUUUCCAUCGCUGUCAUGGAGCCCUUGAUGGGCAGCUGGUGGCGCACAAGAUGAUAGCGGAAGGAUUUUCUGAUGAAGAUGACCCCAACCUUCCUGCCUUUGAGGGUGACGAUCUAAAGAGGCUCUGUGAAGAAAUUACUAAAGCUCGGCGGUUCCUGACACAAGCCCGUUUCUUCAGAAGUUUACUUUUGGAAAAGCAACCGACACAAGGCCCAAAAUCCAGUGAAGCUUAGAACACAUCAGCAGGUGGCAGAGGAAUCGCACACCCUUCGAGACCCGUGCCUUCGGAAUUACCUCACAGCUUCUUAAUUCAUGGG